CAGCCAAUGAGAGGGACCCGCCGGCUUCCCUGAAUGAGACACCCUAAGACCCAAAACACUUCACGCUUCAGCAACAUCAGCACGGCGUCGUUCUCCCAUCCCUUAACCGGCACGUGGUCCUAGGUAAACCCACCAUUCUCCAUUCACACCAACUCGUCCAGUUAACUCAGAUCGCAGAAUACCAGUUUUCAACAAUCACCGGAUCCAAAGCUCUGAAACAAAUUCUUUAUUUCUCAGCUCCGUACUGCGAAUUCCCAAUUCUUGCCUGGAAUUGGGUAAUUCGGGAUGGGGAAAGGUGGAGGCUGUGUUCCGAGCAAGAACAAACGCCCUGCUGUUGCUGAUGUUCCCCAACGAUCAACUCACGACGCGCCCAUACCUAUGGAGGAAAACGCCGAAAAUAAUGCCGCUGUCGCCAUCGAUUCCACCUCUCAAUUGAAGAUAUUCAUAGUGUUCUACUCGAUGUACGGGCACGUUGAGGGCUUGGCCAGGCGAAUGAAGAAGGGAGUGGACGGAGUUGAAGGAGUGCAGGCUGUUUUGUAUCGGGUACCGGAGACCUUACCGGCUGAUGUGUUGGAGCACAUGAAAGCACCACCGAAGGACCCUGAGAUUCCGGAGAUAACAGCCGCGGAAUUGACGGAUGCCAAUGGAGUUCUAUUCGGGUUUCCGACGAGGUACGGCUGCAUGGCCGCGCAGAUGAAGUCGUUCUUUGACUCUACCGGGCAGUUGUGGAAAGAGCAGAAGCUCGUCGGAAAGCCUGCUGGAUUCUUCGUCAGUACUGGGACACAAGGUGGCGGCCAGGAAACUACAGCAUGGACAGCAAUUACCCAGUUGGCUCACCAUGGAAUGCUAUUUGUUCCUGUCGGGUACACCUUUGGAGCUGGUAUGUUUAAGAUGGAUUCUAUACGAGGAGGUUCUCCAUAUGGUGCUGGUGUUUAUGCUGGUGAUGGAUCGAGAGAGCCAAGUGAAUCGGAGCUGGCACUUGCAGAACAUCAGGGCAAAUAUAUGGCUACAGUAGUAAAGAAGCUUGCUCAGGCGUGAUGAUAUUGUUCUCAAUCUUUUGAACACUCGAGGUCUCUUUCUCUGCCAUCUGUUUGAAUACAUUUGUUUGUAAUUUGGUCUCAUCUCUUAUGUCAAAUAUGAGUAUUGCUACCGUUUAUACUAGCUCAAUUUUUUGGUCAUACAUUGUUUCCGGUUUCAAUUUGUACAUGAUUUGGAAUUCUCAUACCUGCUUGAUUAAAUAAUAUUAUGUAUCUCUGCUAUGAGCUACCUCUGCUUUUGCAUAA